AUGCUCGUAGAUGAAGGUCUCCUCUUUCCACUGCUUCACGCCCGUCAGUCCGGCCAAUCAGGACGCAUAAUGCACGAUGCGCCUUUCGGGUAUGCUGUCCUGAACAUUAUUAAGGCGGAGGACGUAUGUUUCGCAUUGGAUCUUCUGCGAAUGGGUGGUCUCUUCCUGUCCUUUCCAGUUUGUUUCCUGCCUGGCAUCUGA